GACAACCGAGUCGCUGAACUUGAAACCGAACUCGAAGAAGUCGAAACUCCGCGAAAUCUUGUGGAAAGACCAAACUGCAGAGUUCGGAAUUGGAGGUGAACAAACUUUAUUUACACAAGUGUGAGAACUUAGAAGCACAGCUGCAACUGUUGCGGACAGCGUUACAGGACGCAAACUUGCCGGAAAAUUCAAGCAAGCUAUAUCAAAGGAACGACACACGUGAAGGUUAGUGUUAAAAAAAAACAAACAAAAAAACAAAAAACAAAAAAACAGUAUCGCUUUAUGUCAUACUUGCAAAUAGUCCCAUAUUAAUCAAUACAGCAAAAGCGUAGAUAUUAUACAGUGCACAGAAGUGUAUCCCUCUGCUUUCAUUCGGAUAUUUUUCUUGAAAAUGGGUUGUGGCUUGGAGAAAACCCUUUCGGGUAGUCUCCUCUUUUAUAGCCCUCAACAAAGCAUAAGAUAGUCAGGGGUCUCUUCUCUCUCUCAUCACUACAUUGUAAAUUGAAUGCGGAAUGAAAGAUACUGGCCAUUUUUUGACUGACUUCUUGGCGAUUCUGCCAAAUUUUGAAAACUUGCUGACUUUGUUCAAAAUAUUUCUCGCUCCCUUAUAAUUUCUGCGCGGUACGCUGCGAAAUCCGAGGCCCAGCCUUAAGGGUAUAAGAGCUGUGGAGGUGAUUAUAGUUUCUUCAUUACCUCUGGCGGAAGUACGUUGUAGCAGUACAGUGGAACGUCGAUAUAACAAAUCUAUAUAUAACUAAGUACUCGUUACCUUAUGACGAACGGAGUAUGAGAAAAGCAAUAGUAAAAGAAGCUCCUAUUUAACGAAACCUCGUUAUACCGAACAGUUUUGCUAGUCUCUUUUCUUUGUAUUUAUUGUAAUUCGCAAAACAAUUAGAUUGACAACAAGAUUACUAACAAAAUAACAUUUUCUCUUUCUUUACGUAGGACGAUUGUCCGGUCUGCAAAGUUCUAAGGAUGAUUUUGAAGAGCCAUUUGAUGACUCAUCGGGAAGACAGUCGCGACGAGUGGAGUGUAAACGGACUUCUCGGUGUCAAAAAAGCAGAACUUCGACACGGCUAAGAAGCGAAUCAUCACAAACUAAAGAAUGUAAGAACAGUCAAACUGUUACCACUUUUUCUCAUUUCUACAGUGUAACAGGAUUUGAGACUUUUCACUUGACUGUUUUUUUUUUAUGCUUCCCGUCUUUGAUUCUCAGAAAGUGCAAUGUUUAUGAUCUAUGAAUAUAUGAAAUCACUGAAUUUUUAAUUAAGAAGAACUUCAUGCCAUAAACGGUUUCCUUAGAUUUUCAUGCGGGUUUGAAUUGUUUUGCAGACAACCUUAGUACAAUAGUUCAAUAGUUAUGUUUCUUCCAAGCUAAGAGGACAACAUUGUGCGAUUCCUUAUUAUCUUUACAUUUCCUUUUACUGUUUUUCUGUUGUUUUUGGUUCAGAUCAUUUUAAGGUAUGAGGGAGAUUUCGAUACUAAAGGUGUAUUCACUACCUCGGUUUCAAUGCUGGAGUCAGUAUGUGGCUGAAUCCUGCUCGAGUACCGUCUUCCGGAGUGAAAGUAAGCUACUGCGAUGGUAAUGGUCGUGGAGACCCUGAAAAUAUCUUGGAAUAUUUCACUCCCGGCAACAGUUCCACACGAUCUGGAUGGUGUCUGGAUUUGGGAGAUUACUACACGCUGCGGCUUACCGACUACACUGUGAGGCAGCUCGGAUGCAAUGACAGAAACUUUCUUCAAAACUUUGAACUCCUUGGCAGGCUUUGUAAUGACGAUGAUUGGUGUUUGCUGGGCAGGCAUCAUCAAGUUGAUUGGAGGUCGCAGCGUUUUUCACAUAUGCUGUCAGGAAAUAAAGACUUGUCAUAUAAAACAAAAACGUGGUCUGUGAAAGGAGAAGUAAGAGCUUACCGCCAGUUCAAGAUAGUCCACAUAAAAGACAUGUCGACCAGUGUGCCAGGCACGCAUGCUAUGUCCCUGGCUGGUAUCGAGUUAUAUGGAGUACUUAGUGUGCCAUAUUUGGACUAG